AUGGCUCGCUCGGUCGCUCUCUUGGUCGCUCUCCUUGCCUUGUUGCAGGUGGCCCUUGCUGAAAUUAUUGGCAGUGGAUUCUAUCGCAUCAUGCAGCGCGGUCUGCAGAUUAGUACGAAAAAAGACGGUGGGGAAACGCCUGCUAUCUUAUAUCCCAGAGAUGGGCAUUUGGAGCAAGUCUGGCAUAUCCAAUCUGUGGACCAUACCCACAUCACCAUCUCGAGCCCAGGUACUAGUCGUCAGCUUGCACUACAUGACCAGGCUCGCCCUAAUGCCUUUGUGAUUGUCGCUCCGAAGCAGCGGAUCUGGAGGAUCCAGAGGAGUGCAAGGCCAGGUUUCUAUAAUAUUAUCUAUCCCGAGAAGUUUGGCGGAGAGGAUCUUGCUAUCGGUAUUUCACCCUCCCGAAUCUAUCCACCUCAAAUUGCUCUGCAAUACGUGCGAGGAUUCGGGGCCACCACGGUCGACUGGGAGCUUCGAAAGGUUGAGUAG